AUGUGUUACUAUGGCAGCUACUAUGGAGGCCUGGGCUAUGGCUAUGGUGGCCUAGGCUGUGGCUAUGUCUGUGGCUAUGGCUGUGGCUGUGGCUAUGGUGGCUAUGGUUAUGGCUGCUGCCGCCCACUGUGCUGUAGAAGAUACUGGUCCUGUGGCUUCUACUGA